AUUGUUCACAGUUGUUUAGUGAGUGAAGGCGAUCAGAGGAAACGCGCUGUGCUUGUGUGAAGAGCAUGACAGGAGAAAGUUAAAAGUUUCAAUGUAUUUAUUUCCACAUUUCAGUUAGUUUCACUGAAGAAGCCAUGGAGCCCAUAACUAAGUGGACGCCGAGGCAAGUUGUCGACUGGAUGAAAGGUUUGGAUGACAGCUUACAGCAGUAUGUCAGCAACUUUGAGAGGGAAAAGAUCAGUGGAGAACAGCUAUUGAAGAUCACUCAUCAAGACUUGGAGGAGCUCGGCGUGGCAAGGAUUGGACAUCAGGAACUGGUCCUGGAGGCUGUGGAUCUUCUCUGUGCUUUGAACUAUGGAGUGGAAACGGAUAACCUGAAGAAUCUUGUUGUGAGGAUGAGAGCUGCCAGCAGCAGUCUACGCAUUGCUACGAACGAUCGCAGGAAAAGCCCCCCGUCCGAGGGAAGCAUGACCCGCAAGCCACCGAAUGAUUUCCUCACUUCUGUGGUGGAGCUAAUUGGUGCUGCAAAGAGCCUUCUGGCUUGGCUUGACAGGACGCCUCUCACCGGGAUCAGCGACUUCACUGCUACCAAGAACAAGAUCAUCCAGCUGUGCCUGGAGUUAACCACCACAGUUCAGCAGGACUGCAGCAUUUAUGAGAUGGAAGAAAAGAUCCUGGAAGUUUCCAAGACUUUGAACGACAUCUGCGAUCAGACCGUGAGAACCACAUCAGACCCCCUCAUGAGCCAGUCUGCCUGUCUGGAGGAAGUCCAGCUGACCAACAUCAAACCAGGCGAGGGGCUGGGAAUGUACAUCAAGUCGACGUACGACGGUCUGCAUGUCAUCACUGGAACCACAGAACAUUCUCCUGCUGACCUUUCAAGGAAGAUCCAUGCGGGUGAUGAAGUGAUUCAAGUCAACCAGCAAACAGUGGUUGGCUGGCUGCUGAAAAACCUUGUUUUCAAACUGAGAGAGGACCCCAAAGGUGUUGUUUUACUACUGAAGAAGAGGCCGACGGGCACUUCGAGUUUCACCCCUGCCCCGCUUAAGAACAUGCGCUGGAAGCCCCCUGUACCUCAGAAUAAUUCCUCCCUGAUCAGAUCCCAGUCCCCCUCCAGUUCGGCUAAUGGAUCCACUAAAAAGGAGAAGCCAGCCAUUACGGACUUGUACAUUCCUCCACCGCCUCAGAUGCCGUACACUCCACGAGAGUUGAGGACAGACUCCCUCUCCAGCGUUUGUAAAAGACCAAAGGGCUCUGAGUCACCCAACUCCUUCUUGGACCAGGAGAGCAGAAAACGCAACACCAUCCAAGAUUAUGACAAGUUGAGCCCUGGCUGUCCAAUCGAAGCCAACGUGAUCCAGCCCAGGAUGAGGGAGCAUAAAGCUUCACGCGGUAAGCCCCGGCCGCUGUCGAUGCCCGCAGACACAUGUGUAGCGGUAAUGGACACGUACGCCAAGCCCUGGGCACAUGGCAGAAAAGGUGAGGAUCUGCUGUACAGAUACCUCAGUAACGAGCGGAUUCCCACCAUUGCCGAAGAGGUCCCAUCGGCGUCCUCCGCCUACAGGCCAGCGAGGGAACGUCAGCUGGUCCGAGUGGACCGCAUCCGACACAGCUGCUACUAUUCGAACUCAGACCUCCACAACAGCGCCACCAUCCCCUACCAGGAGGACAUGAAAAAGGCCUCAGUUAGCCCCAACUCAAAGCGCACACCGGCAGAGCGCUCACUACUGGUCAGUUGGAUCACGCGGCUUAAGCUGUUGACUCACUGAUGAUGUGCUUCCUGUGCCGGGGCUUCCUAUCCCUGUCCUGUGUUCUUCCUCAGUGCCUUCAGUGUUUUAUCAUCAAGCAGUUUCGGGCUCUCUCGCUCUCCUUUCUGACCCCAAACCUCCAUAUUCUCAUGGUUUAAUGGCUACUACCAACUACUACUACUACUUCUCCGCAAACAACCAUGCUUUUGUAGUUCUCACUACAUUAGGUCAUUGCCUCUUUAACCCCUCCCUAAACCCUGAUGUCAGACUAGAAAACUCCUGUUAACUCAGGUUUAAAAAAAAUCUUGGCCUUGUUCUCUUUACAGACUUCUGUGUACAUAUUUAAGUUAUGUCAUUUUUUCCGUUAAGAUGUUUUCUGGUAUAAAUAUUUAACCACUGAAGUUAGUCUUUAGUUAUGUGAUUCUUUUGGUUUUGAUUUUUGAAUAUAGAAAAAUUGUUCACAAAACUGCUUUUGAAUUGAUGACAUUACUUUCAAAAAUAAUAAUGUUUAGUCUUGUGAGGAGAUUUUUUUUUUUAUUUCUACCUACUGAUUUCUUCUGCCUUUGGUUUUUUUGUAAUUUCAGUAUUUGGGAGCAUAAAAUAAAUCCUAAUAUCAGACAAGAAAAAUCAUUAUUAUUUU